AUGGAGAAAUUAAUUUUAAUGAUUUUGUAAAACUUGAUGAUAAAGUAUAAAAGUUUUCAAUUAUGUCAGCAUAAAUAUGAUUUAAAUUUUUUAGAGUUAGCUAAGAAUUGUAAAGUAUACCUUAAAAACAAUACAAAUACAGUAGAUGAAUUUACUAAUUAUUUAAAACAACAAAUGGUAAAAAUAAUUAGGCCAUUUCGACCUGAUUGGGAUGUCUAUUUUAUGAAAGUAAAAGUGUUAUAUAAUAAUAUCUAUAGAUUGCUUAUACAAUUAAGUAGAGAAGUAAUUGUAUGAAAAAGAGUGUUGGAGCAGUAUUGGUGAAUAACAAUAAAAGAAUUUUAAGUACUUCUUAUAAUGGAACUCCAAAAGUGAUGAAAAAUUGUAAUGAAGGAGGUUGUGAUGUUUGUAAGGAAUCUAAAACCUUAGACUUAAUUUUAUAUAAAUGUAUGUGUAUCCAUGCAGAGGAAGGGUGCAUUUUAGAAUUAGGUAUAACAUAAACUAGAAAUACUACUUUGUAUACUACUUUAUUCCCAUGUGUCUGGUGUUGUAAGGCACUUUUGUAAGCUGUAUGAUAUUGAGAUUUAUUUUUAAGGAAGUUUCUAGGAUUGUUUAUUGUGAAUAAGGAAAUUGGGAUCUAUCAUUGUAGAUUAUAUAAAAUCUAAUAAAACAUGAUUAAAUAGAUAUUGAACAAUAUAUUUAUUGA